UUAAAGAGAAGUGUUGUAAAAUAGAGCCUUGGUCGAAUCUUAAGUAAAGAUCGAUCGACUCCUUAUAGCCUAAAACAUUUGUGUAUGGAUUGAUCUCUGACCAGCAGAGUAUCCUAGCGUGAGAGAGCUCGGUGGUCUAGUGCUGCUCCUCAACCUUAAAUAUAAACUUAUUUCAGAGUCGAUUGAAGGCGUUCAAUCUAAAUCGAUGUUACUGGAUGACGCAGUGCAUAUCUUUGCACUCCUCGGCUUCUCGGUUGCGCCAGGGACCGCCGUGGCGCUUGCAGGUAUCGAGGUGUUGGUGCCGCCCCCAACACGCGGUCCUGACAUCAACAGCAGCGCUGCCAGCGUGGACUGCACCAACGUCUACCUUAACAAUACCAGCAGCACUUACGACAACAAUAACAACACCAACACUAACACCGUUGUUCUGACCUACAAUACAACAGGUUUUAGCAACAUAACUAGUGGAAUAAGUACAAUCAUCAACAAUGUUACCAGCAUCACUAUUACAAGUGACUCUAACGCAACAAUAAGCUACAAUAACAUAACCUAUGCCACCAUCAACACCUCUGGCACUAACACCAGCAGCAUUACAGCAGUAGAUGCCUGCAGUGGCACCCAGACUCUCAGCGCGCCUCAGGAAAAGAAUAUCGACCAAGCUGCCGAGUUUUACGUCAUAUCCAAGACCCCGAUGCGCAGGAGUGAAAUACAAACUUUUUGUGAUAACUACGUCGUUCAAAAUCUGUCCUUGCAGCGCUUCGUCCGUUUCAAACUUGUUGGACCUCCUCAAACCGGCGCUGCCACAGCCGUUCUUGAAGCACUUGCAAACUUGACUGGGCAACCUGCCGACAAUGACAGUAUUUGGGACCCCCGCCAUGUAGUGAGCCUUGUCGCCGGAGCCUUCCAACUCCGCGCUGUGGUUGACGCCUAUGCCGGUCGUGUAUCCAGCCUACAAUGGAAAAUAACUGACAUUAUAGAUGCAAAAUCACUUUUUGCUGCAGUCAGCAGCGGCGUGAAGAACUCAACUUCUUUUGCGUCAAGUUUAACAAUAUCUACAACCUCUACCUCCUCUAGCUCCUCUAACUCAACAUCAAGCACCACUGGCUUUACCAGCGCAACACCAACCACCCCAAACACCACUGGCUCUACCAGCACAACAUCAAGCACCACUGGCUCUACCAGCAUCACACAUACCACCGCAAGCUCCACUGGCUCUACCAGCACCACACCAACCACCCCAAGCACCGCUGGCUCUACCAGCACAACAUCAAGCACCACUGGCUCUACCAGCACCACACAUACCACCCCAAGCUCUACUGGCUCUACCAGCACCACACAUACCACCUCAAGCUCUACUGGCUCUAGCAGCACCACACAAACAACCUCCAACACCACACCGAUCACCAUAACAGCUUCUGUAAACAACUCAAGAACAGCAACAUCUGAAAGUUCCAAUGAGACGCUGUCGGGCUCGCUUGACUACAAAGAAAAAUGGUACAGCAGCUUCCAGUGGACGGUGGCUCCGAUUGAUAACGACACACGUUUUGCCCUCUGUAAAGGUGUUACAUAUAAUUCGAGUGACUGCCGUGGGGUACCAGCAACUGUCAUGGACGCCAUCAGAUUGUUGGCAGGGUCGAGCACUAUCAACACUGACGGCGCCAGUACUGGCAGCACUGCAAGUGUUGCUGAUGCUGCUGCAACAGCCGCAAGGUUUGCUCCAUUCAGCACCAGGAUGAUUGAAGGACAAGUCUUGGAUACACUCUGGUACAUGGAGGGUGCAGCAACAGUCCCAGGAUGCGUCAACCUUUGCAAAUUCAGGGCUUCCAAAAUUGCAGCGGUGCUGGAUCAAGGCUGUCUCUGCAGCAACGACUCAACCAUCCCGGAGCGAUGGCUCCCUUACGUGGCCGACCAGACUUCUAAUGGCAGUUACUGUCCCUGGUUCGAAAGUCCUGACUGUGACCAAGCUAUUCAAUUCUGUACUAGAAAUACAUCAACAUAUGAUACAUCAAACACGGAUUUCCUUGCUACGUCCGACCAAUCAAAUACAAACGCAUCAGCACAAACUUUAUCAACGUCAAAAAGUCAAUCGGAAACUUUGGCGAAUAUAUUCUUCACUGAUGCUGUGACUUGGCCAACGGACGACCCUGCACUGCCCAGGGCAUCGUGGGUAUCCCUGCUGGCGGGCGCCCCCAACAAGGAGUGUGGGAGUGUUGAUGUGGGGGCGGAGUGGCGCAUACUGCAGGGUCGUGGCCCUGUGGGUUUGCUGGGGGAGCAGAGGGUGUUGUGGUGUCCCAGUGACUCGCGCAAUCAGGACCCAACAUCGUUCAACCUCACUAACAUCAACACCGCCAUCACCACGUGUAUGCCAUCCGGCCUAUGGACACCGGCGCCUCCUACCUGCAAAUACGACUGCAGGCAAGACCUGACGAGCUGUGCUGCCGUGUACUCUUUGGGGCAUCGCACAUCGGGGGCCUUUUUGCUGCGCGUGGGGGCGCCGCCCCUGCCGCGCGUCGUGUCCAGUAUAACACAUCAGGUUUUGGGGCAGGUGUUCUGCUCGCUGGUGGAAGGCGAGGGGGGUUGGGCGGUGGUAGCGAGGCGCCGCCACCUCUUCCACCCCAGCGUGUACCCCGACACUGCCAACCUGGUCACCCUGACUCACUUCACUCGUGGCGUGGGUCACGUCACCGACAACUUCUGGGCAGGGCUGGACACGCUGCUGGCGCUGACGGGGGACGGGGGGCGCGAGGUACAGCGCCUGCAGGCGAAUGUGGCGAGUGCCACGGAGGAGCUGUGGGCGACGUACGCCUUCAGCAUCGCUAACGUCACUGCCAACUACAGCGUCAGCGUCACCGACUACUACGGAACUGCAGGCGAUGGCCUGAAGGACGUCAACGGUUCAGCUCUUGUCACCACCGAGGUUCAGCUCAGCGGCGGGAGCAGUAGCACGAUUAUUUCUGGCUCCACGGCAGCGUUUGGGCGUCUAGCCUUCGCCUCUCUGGCUUGGGCUUCAUGGAAUGCCAUCCUGACUUCGGUUUCCCUCAGACUGCGCCCCAUCUCAUACGAUCGAGAGAUGACGUGCCCGCCGUUCAUACGCGUGUCUGAUCCCACAUACCGACGUGACACGUACACGGGCAACGUGACGUCGAGACGUGGCGUGGGCACUCGCAUCUCUGUGGUGUGUGAGCGUCACCUGCUGGAGGAGGGGACCAACUCGUCCGCUCCCUUCAGCGAGUGCCUCGCCAACAAGAACUAUUCCAAUAUCGACAUUAAACUCCCCUGUCGAGCCGUGUGCCCUCGAGGCUUCGUGCUGGAGCCAUCGGGGUGGUGGUGCUACUCGGUGUCAGAGAGCGUGCCUCGCCCCGUCAACGGCUCCCUCGACGACCAGGGCGUGGCGUGGAGCGCCUUCAAGGCGUCGAGCUUCUGGCAGGCGAGCCUCGCCUGCGCCUCACGAAGGGCCUCACUGGCCUACAUCCCCAGCUCCGUCAGAGUGAUGCAGUGGAUGGUGGCAUCCUUCCUGACGCAGACCGGCCUCUACUUCGUCAGCUACAACGACAGGGGAGCGGAGGGAGUGGGCACGUGGGCUGACGGGCGUCGCGGGGUGUUCCCUAUUCAGUGUGCGAAGAACACCGGGCAGGGGGAGGCUGCAGGAUGCGGGGUGGAGGGCGACCAAACCAAGGAUUGUCUCGUGCUCGACAGGAGCGGCCUCGGUAUCGCCUCCUUCUGCAUUCUCACAGAACCUAUCUACUUCAUCUGCAGCUUUCCGGCUGUGUGUCCAGAAGGUCAGGUGCGGUCAGGCGGUUGGUGCAGCAGUGUCAUGGAUGUAGGGUCGGGCAGCGCGUACACCGCGUACGACAGAUGUGGACGCGUGGGCGCCAUGCCCGCCCUCUCUGUGGACGCUAUUGCACAAGCGCUGCCGUCCAUACCGCAGCUCGUGGCCCAGAUUCUUUUGGCGUCUCAGGAAUACAACAACUCGUCGAAUUCCGAACAAGACAUCCAAGUGGCAUUACUGACAGGAAUAAAUGACCUCGGUGCUGACGGCGGGUGGAAGGUGAUGCUCAACAACAGCCUCCAGACGCUGCCGCUGCCCAACGAUGACCAGCGCGACUGCCUCUACCUCUCCCUCACCACGUCGCCACAAUCAUACAACAAUAACACGGCCAUCAUACUGGAAGACUUCCGUGACGUGUGGCAGGAGGCAGGAGUUUCUCACGCCCUGAACUACACAACAAUGAACAGCACCAGCGAACUGACGAAGCUUCUUCUACGCAUCGGACGCUCUACGAGCUGCAAAUCCCGAUACCGCUUCGUCGUCUGCCAAACACCGGCCAUCCUAGAAUGCUGGGAUUCCCCGCCUACUCCUGUCGGCAGCGUGCAGACGUGGGACUACACGCGACCUGCUGUCAUACCUCUCGGCACGACCAUCACCUACACGUGCCCAGGCUCUCAGGUUGUGGUGUUGUCCCAAACGCCGUCUCUGAAGAUCGUCUGCUACGCGGCCCUCGGCGGCUGGCAAGACGCAGAGCUGGUGUCGACCUGCGCCCUGCCAAACUCAUGCACAGGUCUGCCUCCCGUCCCACCCCGCGCCGACAUGCUCAUGAUGUGGCCGAAUCUUAAGACCAAAGCUGGCGCUAUAGUCACUUACUUGUGUCCACGCGGUCUCGCAACAAUUGAUGGUCGAGCCGAGCAGGAGGUUCGAUGCGACAUGGCCGACAGCAUUGCUGAGUGGAGUCCUGUUCUGCUCGACAACUGUACACAGUGUUAUGGACCACCCCCGCAGUCUCAGCAGCCACAGCUACUCCUGCAGUGGGAGGGCAGCGUCAGCAUUGGGGCGUCGGCCUCCUACCGCUGCAACAACUCGCAGCUCCUGGGCGCCACGACGGACGAUGACGUCAUCAAUGUCACGUGCCAGGACCCAGGGGGCUGGACCCCUGACAGCGCUCCAGUUUGCAUCAGUAAGGGUUUAUUCUUAAGUCAGAUUCUGCACAUAUUAUCAGUCAGCACUAUUAUGAGGUAUUUUGAUACAUAUGAUAUUUGAUACGAACAACAUUUGCUUAUAAGAUAAUGCAAGAUUUAAAUAUUUAAAUUAAUCCUGCUGUCCUAACAAUCAAAUUCUUAAUCACACAAAUCUGAGCCUUUAGACCACAGGGAGGAACUCCAAUGCUGUGCUUCAUCAAGAUUAUCUCCACGCCUCCAACUCACAUCACGUCUCAUCAUUAGAACUCUUACUUUUCAUAAGAUUAUCUUCACGUCUCCAACUCACAUCGCGUCUCAUCAUUAGAACUCUUACUUUUCAUAAGAUUAUCUUCACGUCUCCAACUCACAUCGCGUCUCAUCAUUAGAACUCUUACUUUUCAUAAGAUUAUCUUCACGUCUCCAACUCACAUCGCGUCUCAUCAUUAGAACUCUUACUUUUCAUAAGAUUAUCUUCACGUCUCCAACUCACAUCACGUCUCAUCAUUAGAACUCUUUCUAUUCUCGCCACCUUAUGAUUUGAAUUUUUCCUGUUCUGAAUGAAUGGUAUGGAUGUUAUUAACUUAAAUUGCUAUAAAAAAACGAAAUGAGAUGAUAUAAAAUGUGAUUGUUGUUAUUGCUGUGGUCAUAUGGGAAUCGAAGAUUUUAUUGCUGUGUUAUUAUUUUUAGUGCACGAUAGCGAAUGAAAAUGCCUCUACUCUGUCUUCACAUCGAACGAUGAAUUUUUGUUACUUGGAACAAAAAUUCAACGUACCGUGUUCCUCGACCUGUAUUAUCUAACGAGUAAAUGAGUACACAAUAGUCUGAACAUAUGUACA